AUGAGUCGAUUUUUCGUUCCAUCAGACUCUCCAUCUCCAAACCAAACCUUAUCUACAGAAUAUUUAUACCCACGAUCAAAUUAUACCCAAUUAGCACAACAAACAAACCAAUUACCAAUAUUACCUAAACCUCGAAGAAUAGUAAAAAAAAGAGAAAAUGGAGAAUUUUUAAAGUCUUCUUCUUAUGUCGAAUCUUCACAUUAUAUUAGUUCAUCAACAAAACCUAAACCAAAAAAUGAAUGGCUUCAACCUGUAAUUUCUAAAACCCCACCAGAAAAAGUUUUAAUACAUCAAAAUCGACAUGCACUUUCUUCUUCUACUUCUCCAGAUGAAAUACAAAAACAACAUGAUACUGGAUUAAAACCUCACACAGUCUUCACUCAGUCUGAUGAAAUUCAUUCAGUUCUUCCAUCUUCUAAACAAACAAAACCAAAUUCAACUUCUUCUUCUACUAUUGUUUUAGCAUCACCUCCUCCAAAAUUCUUUGCAUUAAAAAAUAGAGGAAUAACAAAAAUAAAAGAACAAAAUUUAAUUGCUCCAGGUGUUUCAGUUAAUAGUCAAAAAUUACAAAAACCUCAAACCACUCCAUCAGUGGUUUUAUCCGGUGAAACGAAACAACAAAUCGCUAUGUUCAGUGAAAGAAAAAGAUUACAACGUGUUGGAUCCACUUUAAAUUUAGAUCGUAAAAGAAAGUAUAUUACAUGGAGAGCAAAAGAAGGAAAUUCUAUUAUUCAAAUGCCACAACUUGUCUUUAAACAACCAAUACAACAAACAGAAGAAAUAAAGCAAGAAGAAACAUAUCCAAAUGAUUUAGAACCGUUAAAAGAUACUAAAGUUAAUAACUUUUCUUUAAAGGUAUCAUCUCAGUCUAUUGCUGUAUUAGUAAUGGAAACUCAUUGCUAA